UCUUGCAAAGACACCCGCAGCCGCAACCUGAAGAUCUCAUGACAAUGGAUAGUAAAGAAAAGAUAGUGGUCAAAAGUAUUUUGGAGAAAUUUGGGCGCUAUCAGAUUAUUCAGUACAUAUUUAUAUGUUUACCGAUAGUUUUUGUAUCAAUGAACAUGGUUAAUUAUGUAUUUGUUGCUGGGGACAUAGGUUAUCGAUGCUAUAUACCCCAAUGUGACGACGUAAACCCAGAAUACAAAGUACCGUGGUGGCCAUCAGAUGUCAUCCAUGACAAAUGUUCUGCACCCAAAUAUACCGGCUACGAUGGAAACUCUUGCACCAAUGAGAGCUUCUCCAGAAACGAAACAGAAAUGUGCACUAAAUGGGUGUAUGAAAGUAACAAUACUAUUAUUGCUCAAUCUUGCCUGUCAGCCGUGGAAAAUUAACAGCAUUGGUAUGAUACACAACUUAGGACUGGCUAUUUCUAUGAUCAUUGCUGGAUGGUUUUCAGAUAGGUUUGGCCGUAAGCCAGUUCUCAUUGUAUGUUCUGUAUGUUGCGUUUUGGGCAAUUUAAAAACGUUUGCAACCUCAUAUAACAUGUACGCGACUUGCGAGUUUCUCGAAAGUGUUUUUUCCGGCGGAGCUUAUACAGCUGGAAAUGUUUUGAUGCUAGAAAUUGCUGGUAAAAAUAGGAUUCUUUCUGGAGUUUUAUUUGCUUAUGCUGUCUACAUGGGAGAAGCAGUAUUGGCUUGUCUUGGAAUGAUUGUAGCAUACUGGAAGAACUUACUUUACAUGUUAUGCACGCCAUGUAUCGUCUUCCUCUCAUACAUAUUUUUAAUAAAAGAAAGCCCAAGAUGGCAAGUAUUAAACGGAAAAAUUACAGACGCGAAGAAAACAAUGAUAAUUAUGUCUAAAUUGAAUAAUAUCGAUUUUAGUAUGGAAGAUAUGAACAACAUAAGCAAUGAUAAUCUAAAAAAUAUUUUGAUUGGUGAUGUUAAAGAAUCCAGUGAAGGUUAUAUUGAUGUAAUUAAAUGUAAAGAAAUUAUGAAGAAUUUAGCAGUGGCAUUCUUCUGUCGGUUUUCUGUCAGCUUUAUCUACUACGGUUUGAUUGUGAAUUCUGUUCUCCUUCCUGGAAAUAAGUAUACAAACUUUUUGCUAGCUGCGUGCAUGUCAUUCCCUGGUGAAUUGAUCUCAAUGUAUUUUAUGAAUAAAAUUGGGAGAAAAAAGCCAUUGACUGUUGGUUUUAUAAUUUGCGGCGCAGCCUGUGUUGGGUGUGGUUAUGUACCCGAUGGUUAUACUGGUAUAAAAAUUACAUUGUUCUUAAUUGGAAAACUAGUUGUAGCAGCUUGUUAUACCGGCUUAGUUACUUAUACUAUGGAAUUGUUUCCUACAAGUGUUAGAGGAUCUUUAAUUGGAAUAUGUACAUUAGCAUCUUGUACUGGAACUACUGCAGCACCACUGUCCUUGAUGAUGUCAUCAAAUUCAAUGACACUCACGUCAGUUUGCUUCGGAUGCACGGCAGCUAUUUCUAGUUUCAUUCUCAUAUUCACACCAGAGACUAAAGACAUGCCGCUUAUUGACACCAUUGCUGAACUUCGAUCUGCACAUAAUCUAAAAAACCAGUAUGGGAAAGAUAAUCCUGUAUGCGACUCUGUGAUUUCAAAUGAUUAAAGGAUUAAAUUACUAAAUAAAUGAAACUGUGCAGGAUAUUGAAAUAUUCGUCGUCUUUACUUAUUCGAAAGCUACAGUUUUUUGUAUAAAAAGAGGAAUCGUAAAAGAUAAUUAAAAAAUAGAAGGGACUUUAGCUCUUACAAGAAAUGUUAAAAGAGUAAUAGUGAAUUGUUUUAAUAAAAAUAUACUACUUUAA